CUUUCUUUGCGUGACGUCACAUGUGACGUACACGGAAAUUCUGAACGCGACGUGGGCAAAUGGUCUCCUCGUAACUACACGUUAUGAGGUGCUGUUAAGCUGAUCUCGACUAGUUGACUGGUUCAAUUCAUCGGGAUGGCCAGUGCGGAGCAGUUGGCUGCGGUGGGUUCUGUUCUGGUGGACCCCCAUCAGGACCUGACACAGCGGUUCCGAGCGCUAUUCACUCUCAAGAACCUGGGAGGCGCCGAGGCAGUGGAGUGGAUCAGCAAAGCGUUCAGCGAUGACUCCGUGCUGCUCAAGCAUGAGCUGGCCUACUGCUUAGGCCAGAUGCAGGAUGAGCGCGCCAUACCCAUUCUCAGCGCCGUACUCAAGGACACCCGCCAAGAGCCCAUGGUGCGGCAUGAAGCGGGAGAAGCCCUGGGAGCCAUCGGGAGCCCUUCAGUUCUGGACUUGCUGAAGGCCUACAGCCAGGACCCUGUCAUUGAGGUGGCUGAGACGUGCCAAUUGGCCUUGCGUCGUUUGGAGUGGCUCCAGAACGGCGGUGACAAACAGCUGCAAGAUGGCGACGCGGACGACAACCCGUACGGCUCGGUGGAUCCGGCGCCUGCCGCCGCCAGCUCGAGCGUUUUGCAGCUCCACCAACACCUGCUGGACGAGACCCUGCCGCUCUUCGAGCGCUACCGAGCCAUGUUUGCGCUCAGGAACCUGGGGAGCCGGGAAGCCGUCCUCGCCUUGGGCGAUGGCCUGCAGUGUUCUAGCGCACUGUUCCGCCAUGAGAUCGGCUACGUCCUGGGUCAGAUGCAACACCCCGCGGCGGUCCCGGCCCUCAGCGCCGUACUGGAACGCGGCGGCGAGAGUGCCAUGGUGCGCCACGAGGCGGCCGAGGCCCUGGGCUCCAUCGGCCAGGACGAGUGCCUGGCCGUGCUGCAACGUUUCCGCGGUGAUGGCGAGCGCGUGGUUAAGGAGAGCUGUGAAGUAGCCUUGGACAUGCUGGACUAUGAGAACAACCAACAGUUCCAGUAUGCCGACGGGCUCGCCAGACUGCAAGGAUAAACAACUGGAGGGGGCGGGGGGGUCUAUGUGUAUAUAAAUAAAUAUUUUAGACCAGUU